CUUACCUACGCCUAAAUCCUCCAAAGUGGAUAAACCGGCGUGGGAAGGGAGAGGGGGCGAAUGAUAGAUUAGGUUGUUCCCACGUUCCUUUUGUUCAGGAGGUGCAUCGCCCUUUUUUACACUGGACACACGCUUUGUUGCGCAAUUUUAUAACCACCCAUUACAGGACAAUGAAUUCCAAAAUUAUGUCGAUGAUCGAUGAUCGCGAAGGGAAAGCAGCCUCAAUUCCAUAAAACAAUAGGCAAUGUUCGACUCAAGAAACUUCCCUCCACUAACAGCUGCCCGUAGUUAAUUUCUUUUCAUUGGAAGUGAAAUUGGAUCGAAAAGGGACGGGCUGACCUUAGCCUGAGAACAAGCGUUCCGCGCUCGUGUAUCACGCUUCGCGGUCUGCUCCGCUAAUCCGCCUAUUCAGCAGGCUAGGCUGACCUCAAUUAACUCUCAAGUUUUAAAAGUUUUGAACAGUUAUGUCCUUAGAUUUGGGCAGCGACUACAGUAACUCUCAAGCUAAUGGGUACAAGAGCUUUCCUUGUCGCAGGGAAGCGCGAGGCAGAUGGCGGCGAGAAAUUGUACAAGAAAAACCCCCAGACACCUUCAGUAAUGAGGCGAGAGUUAAUUUAUGAUGUGACAUUUUGGGUCCAUUUUGUUACCUGAAUCGCGCGCUUUUUUCUUCUAAUUCAUUAGUCCUGUCCGGGCCCGUCCUUUCCCAGUUCCCAAUUUUCCAGUCGAGUUCCACUCCUCAUUAUUCUUCCCAGCUUCCCUUGCAGCCAUAACUGGUUUUUAAAAAAAUGGCGGCAACUAAGCAAGAAAGCAAGUCGAUCACAUUGAAAGGAAGCGCAGAAUUAGUGACGGAAUUCUUUGAAUAUGGGAUAAACAACAUAUUGUAUCAAAGAGGAAUAUAUCCAGCGGACUCCUUCAAGCGAGAGCAAUUUUACGACAUGACGCUAUUCAAGUGUGACAACAAGGAGCUGCAAGUAUACCUUGCUAAAGUACUGCAACAGGUCAAAGAGUGGCUUCAGGAGAAAACACUGCAGCGUGUUGUCAUGGUUAUUAGUCAAGUGGACACAGAUGAGGUUGUGGAGAGAUGGCAGUUUGAUAUUCAAUGUGAAAACACUGCAAAGGGUGUAGAUGAGAAAGGAGAAAAAAGCAAACCUCCCCCACCAAAAAGCAAAAAAGACAUUCAAAGAGAAAUGAGGGAUGUAAUCCGACAGAUCACUGCCAGUGUUACCUUUCUUCCAUUUCUUGAUGGGCAGUGUGCAUUUGACCUGCUGGCCUACACCAACAGAGACCAAGAUAUUCCCGAAAGUUGGGAAGAGUCUCAGGCAAGGAUUAUCGCAAACUCGCAAGAAGUGCGGCUGAGGUCCUUCUCCACAACUGUGCACAAAGUUGACACUAUGGUAUCAUACAAGGGCGAGGAUUGAUGAAGUAGAAGGGAAAAAAUGUGUACUAUCACAGUGCGAUUGCUUGUAAAGCAAAGAACAGCUGUACUAGGGAACAGAACUGUAAGAGAAAUACUGGCAAUUAUCAAACUGUUUUCAGUUUUAUCAAACUGCAAACCCAUGGCACCCUAGUAUGACAGGAACAUUAUCCUUUAAGUCCAAAGAAUACACUGUUAAUUCUCUACACUGAUUGCCAAACAUUUCUUUUGUUUGUUUUGAGAAUAUGGUAGUUCAUCAAUACAGUAUAUCUCAGUUGCAAUUGAUGAUUUUCUUUAUUCUCUCUACUGGUCUGCUUAGCGGUGUAUUGAUAUUGUUUAAGGAGAAGUUACAUGUACCAUUGAUCUAUUCUGGGAAAUGAGGGGUUAGUAAUCAUUGAGUUAUUUCAAUGGCUAAGAACAAUGUCAAGAAAGUCAAAACUUCAUGUUGUUUUGCAACAUCUCUUUCAAAAGCUGCCAGCCUAGGCAGAUAUUUGAUUUAAGAAUUUCCAACAAAAGUAGUAACACCAUGGAUGUGGCAAAAUUUGCUAGUAUUCUGCCAAGAUAUUUUGAGAGUCUGGCUCUUAAAAACAGCCCUAAUCUAUUAACCAGAGUCAAUUGUUUAGUGAUUGUAAAACAAUGUACAAACUGUAAAAAGACAUAGUUUGAUGCAAUGGCAGUCAGCAGGGUAGUCUAGAGAGUUUUACUAUACAUUUGCCAGAGACAACGUUAACAAUUCACAAUGUGGGUGAUGAAUGAAAUUAGAACUGUUAAAUGGGAGAGUUUUCCCCCGGUAGGGGGACUUCCGUGUAAAAAGGAUAGGGGUGCUCAUCAUACCUUUUAGGGAUGAAAAACACAUUUUUGGUACCUCUCAGGGUGUACAGCCUCAGAAGCUCCAAAGUGGGAGCUUUUGUCAUAAUUUUUAGGGUAUUAAGCUGAAAAAAAAAUAUGACAGGAGAUAAUGUGUUGUUUCAGAAUUGCUACCUCUUAGGGAUGAAGAACAUAUCAAGCCAAACCCACAAAGCAGGGUCUUGGUACCUCUUGAAGAUUCUUUUCAAAAUUUCUGAAGAGCACCCCUACCCUUUUUAUAUGGGAGUCCCCCCCUGGGAGUUUUCACAUUCACAGGAACUGCUGAUAAACAUGUUUUUCAAUGUAAGUUCCCUGUGCAUGCUCUCUUCAGUUUUUUAUUGAAUUCAGUCUCAGCUGAUGCUUCUCGCAGGUCAUGCGAUAUUUUUGGUAGAUAAUGUGCUCUAUGAUAAAUGUCCUGGUCGAAGUGUGUCUUUGUAUCUGUUCUCUUACUGAGGGUAAUCUUUAUCAUAAAAUUAGCAGUUGGAGCAUUACUUUGUCUCGCAUCUAUUCUGAAAUAUCUCACCUCAUAAUCCCUGCCUGAUUUCAGGAGAAAAACUAAGGGGUAGGCCAUUAUUUUUUUAGGGGAGGGGGGGGCGGGGAUUGGGCAAUUUUCUGACUUAGGGAUUUUUUUUGUCACCAUUAGGUUGUCCAUGAUUUUUAUUUUUUGGGGUGGGCAAUAGCUUGUGCAGGAAUUUUAUUUUCCAUGGCUUCCCUUGUGCAUUUAUUUUUCAGGAGUUGUUCUGCAGGAUUUUUCUUUUGGAAAUUUCCUAACCACCCUGCCCCCUCAAAAAUGUAAUGGUCCGAUCGUC